AUGGAAACAGGAGGAGGAGGGUUGAAUGCUGCUGCUGCUGCUAUUGGAAUGGAAUCGAUCCCAGAUGGUUUGAGAAUUGCAGAGGAGGAGACACCAUCAACUGGAAGUUCCCAGUCCCAGAUUAAUCACAACAACAACAGAGUUUGUGGGUACAUCGAUUGUGGUGUGCACAUCACUUGCUUCUCUGAGGUCUCCGACAACGGCACCCUCCACUUUCAGAUCAUUCGUCUUCACAAGCAGAUAUAUGCAUGGAUCGGUUGCAAUUCUGCCAAAUUUGGACAUCUAUAUGCUGCUGCACCUACACGACCUAACAACACAGUGAGUGUUACGUCCCUACUUGGAGGGGCUUCUGAUAAUACCGGAUCUGGUAUUGCUCGUCGAUUAGCAUUGAAGACUGGUCUUAACGCAGAUGCGGAGAAAAAGUUGGUGCAGAAGUUAAUCAAUCUGGGGUACACAAGGCCAAAAUCUGAUGGGACAUCCCCUUAG